AUGCCCAAGGUGAGCCCGGCCAGGAUGAACACGCUUAGAGAGGACCUCAUCAUGGAGACCUUGAUGGACUCCACGACGGCGACAGCGGAGCUGGGCUGGACGGUGCAUCCUCCCUCCGGGUGGGAAGAAGUGAGUGGGUACGACGAGAACAUGAACACGAUUCGCACCUACCAGGUGUGCAACGUCUUUGAAUCCAGCCAAAACAACUGGCUCCGGACCAAGUACAUCCGGAGGCGAGGUGCCCACCGCAUCCACGUGGAGAUGAAAUUUUCUGUUCGGGACUGCAGCAGUAUCCCUAACGUGCCGGGCUCGUGUAAGGAGACCUUUAAUCUCUACUACUAUGAGUCAGACUUUGACUCGGCCACCAAGACUUUUCCCAACUGGAUGGAGAACCCUUGGAUGAAGGUAGACACUAUUGCUGCCGAUGAGAGCUUCUCGCAGGUGGACCUAGGCGGACGGGUGAUGAAGAUUAACACCGAGGUGCGCAGCUUUGGGCCCGUUUCCAAGAACGGUUUCUACCUGGCCUUCCAGGACUAUGGAGGCUGCAUGUCCUUGAUCGCAGUGCGUGUCUUCUACCGCAAGUGUCCCCGCGUCAUCCAGAAUGGGGCUGUUUUCCAAGAGACCCUCUCUGGAGCGGAGAGCACCUCACUGGUGGCAGCCCGGGGCACGUGCAUCGCCAACGCUGAGGAGGUGGACGUGCCCAUCAAACUCUACUGCAACGGGGAUGGCGAGUGGCUGGUGCCCAUUGGACGCUGCAUGUGCAGGGCAGGCUACGAGUCGGUGGAGAACGGGACCGUCUGCAGAG